UAUGCAGCAUUAUUCCGGGAAAAAACUCAAAAAUCAUCUCUAAACAAGCUGGUUGUUGCUGAAACUGAAAGUAGUUACGCUGAGCUCUACGGAUGAAGAAUUUUUUAUUACUGCUGAAAAAUAAGUAACCACUUUCGGUAAUUACUUUCACAAAUAAUUUGAUUGGAAUAAAAUAAGAAGAUUAGAACAGCCUAGAUCUGAAUAUAAGUAUUUUCCGCAGUUAGAUCUGAAUAUAAGUAUUUUCCGCAGUUCAACGGUGAGCUGAAAGUAGUUAGGAUGAGCUCUAUAGAGUUUUUUUUUUUGUUUUUUUUUUUAAUGUCAAAACUGAUUUGUUGCCCAAGUGAGCAGAGCAUUUUGCUGGCAAUGGUUGAUAUGCACCUAAUUCAAUCCUUUACGCGUGCGAGGAAGUACUCCAUUCUCUUUUUCUCCAUUUCUAGAUUUUCAACCAAGCAGGCAAAAAGGAAGGGAGAAAGUGGUUAAGCAAAGAGGCUUUUGGAGGACAUAUAGUCCAUAAAGUGCGGAAGAAGAAUCAAAUUUUGAAUUUUGGGUAAUUCUAUAAUUUGUGUGCAUUGAAACCCUAACCCUCACUUUCCCACUUUCGUCUGUGCACACUUAAUGUUAAUCAUUACUUGAUUUUUUAUAUGUUAUUGAGAGAAUUAAAGUCUAAAGUAUCUAUGAUUAUCUGUGUCUUGAAAUUAUUGUGUAGUUGAUGAGUGCUGCUGGGAAUUAGUUCAAGUCUUUAACAUUAACGGUGAGAAAGAAACAAAAUAUGGGUUCCUCUAACUUCACAUUCUGUUCAAUGAUCUUCAGUGGAGCUAUGCUCUACUUAGGUGUAGUGGCUGAACCCACUGAAGAUAAACUUGCUCUUCUUGAUUUCAUUAAUAACAUGAGCCAUUUGAGGCGACCGAAUUGGGAGGAUAGCCUCUCUGCUUGUUCUGGCUGGGUUGGUAUCACCUGUAAUCUGAACAUGUCUAGAGUUAUAGGUGUCAAACUUCCCGGAUUCGGGCUCUAUGGAUCAAUUCCUUCCAAAACCCUAACCCUUUUACCGGAGCUUCAGAUCUUAGAUUUGGGAAACAAUAAUAUUUCUGGUCCUUUCCCUUCUGAGCUUUCCAAGACUCAGAGUUUGACGACUCUCAGUUUGCAACACAAUCGCUUCGACGGUUCUCUGCCAGCUGAUUUCUCAAUGUGGGAAAACCUUUCCUUUCUGAAUUUGUCUAAUAACAAAUUCAGUGGGUGUAUACCUUCCACAUUCUCAAACUUGACUCGUCUGACCACUUUGAAUCUUGCAAACAACUCACUAUCUGGUAAUAUUCCCGAUCUCGAUCUCCCCAGUUUGCACCUACUUGAUCUAUCGAACAAUAAUCUCACAGGAAUUUUGCCUCAUUCGCUUACUAGAUUCAGUGCUUCAUCUUUUUCUGGUAAUAAUCUAUCUCCUGCCCCUAUUGUUGUUUCUUCGAGUUCUUCACUGGAAAAGAAGCUUGAAAAAAUUAGUCACUCUGUAGUGAUGUGGAUUAUGAUUGGAGGUUGUGCUAUGGUAUCUCUUGUAAUUUCUGUCCUAUGCAUUCUUAUCUGUUCAAAGAAAGAAUAUAAAUACCUAACCUCACCAAACUCGCGCAGAAAGGGCAAUUCUCACGAGAAGGAAAAUUUUGACAAUACGAAUGGAAGUGGUAACAUGAUAUUCUUUGAGGGUUGUAUUGUUGCCUUUGACCUUGAAGAUUUGUUGAGUGCUUCUGCAGAGAUUCUAGGGAAGGGGACUUCUGGUGUUGUGUAUAGGGCAGAUCUGGAGGAUGCGACCACUGUUGUGGUGAAAAGAUUAAAUGAAGUGAGUGUUGGGAGGAAAGAGUUUGAGCAACAAAUGUUGGUUGUUGGAGGUAUGAGGCACGAGAAUGUGGCUCCUCUGAGGGCUUACUUCUACUCUAGGGAUGAAAAGCUCAUGGUUUAUGAUUACUACAGCCAAGGGAGCGUUUCUGCAAUGAUACAUGAUCAUAGGGGUGGGAGACGAAUUCCUUUAGACUGGGAAACUCGUGUUCGAAUUGCUGUGGGUGCAGCAAGAGGCAUUGCCCACAUUCAUGAACAAAGUGGAGGGAAGUUUGUUCACGGGAACAUAAAAUCAUCAAACAUUUUCCUCAACUCUACGCAUUACGGCUGCAUCUCUGACAUUGGAUUGGCCACACUAAUAACUCCCAUGUCAUCCCCUAUGACUCAAAGUGGAGGGUAUUGUCCACCAGAAGUCACAGACACUAGGAAAGCCACACAGGCAUCAGAUGUCUUCAGCUUCGGUGUCUUGUUGCUUGAACUUCUAACUGGGAGAUCCCCUCUCCAUGCCACACGUGGUGAUGAAUUUGUCCACAUAGUAAGAUGGGUGCAUUCUGUGGUUCGCGAGGAAUGGACUGCCGAAGUGUUUGAUGUAGAGCUUUUGAGGUGUCCCAACAUAGAGGAAGAGAUGGUGGAGAUGCUGCGAAUUGGGCUAGAUUGUGUCGCUAAGACUCCAGAACAGCGGCCAAGGAUAGGAGAUGUAGUGAAGAUGGUGGAGCGUGUUCAAAGAGUGAAGUCUGGAAACCUGAGAUCUACAGAACGUUUAAAAUCAACCCCCCAGACACCUUCUCCCAUAGCUGCAUAAAAUAGUACUCCGUAUAUACAUUGGUCUCUUUCUUUUUCGUAUAGAGUGUAUAUUUCAACAAUAUCGAUAGGUGUACAAACUUUUUGUACACCCUUUAUUCCGAGAGUUCAUGUCUACUAAAUCAGUACACAUACAAAAACACGUCCGUGUGAAGAAAAUCCCAUGUCAGAUACAAAUCAUGUUUUUGCAUGUGUAUGUACAAAUUACACAAACUAGAACACAUACUUAUGUAUGUGUAAUAUGUUCACAAACAUAACUCGACUGUAAGUAGAGUACAUAUUUCUCAGUUGAAGUUCUUCACACGAACAUGUGUUUGUGGCCUAAUUUAGUAAAUUGAACUAUGGUGUACAAUGAUCAUUUUUCAUAUUUCUAAAUCUCGCACCCCUAUCAAAAUGUAAUAAACUUUUAUUUUAUUGAGGGGCAGUAAAAAAAAAUCCAUUGAUGGGUUCAUUACC